GGAUGAUGUAUCGGUAUAGAUUAUAGAGGAAUGAUAAACCAAUAAGAGGAAAUCAAGUGUUUUUGCCUUUGAUAUGUUUGAAAAUCUGAUUUUGAAAUUAUGCUGGAUCAAAUGUGUUUAUAAAAUGUGUUUAUACGUAGUGUUUGUGCUUAGUGGUAAUGGAAAUGGGCAUCAAUUUCCAGUGCAAUAUGAAGAUGAUAGCUAAUAAAUGAAGUACAAUGUAUUUUAUGAAAUUAGUAUAUUUUCUUCUAGGUAACGACGAAUCUAGCAUUCAUUUAUGCUGAGAACGGUACGAAAAUAGUCGAGGACCUUGCUAUUAUUCCAUAUCUAGAUCAGAAUCGCUAUAUAAGGUUGAAUAUAUCUUGGGGUAAAGUUAUGACUGCUACCGAACUGAUAUCUAUUAGAUUCAAAAAUACUGAGGACUGCAAUCCAGUCAAUGAUGUUGAGGAGCACCGCGUUCAAGACAAUCAAUUUUUGGUAUUUCCUAGCACCGAAAUGGAACACCCGGCAGAUUAUUUACAAAACGGAUGUAAAUACGAGAUAGUUUUGGAAGACGAGGACUUGACGAAUGAGACUCAAAGCAUAAGCUACGAAGUACCUGAAUGUGUAGAUGAUAAAUGCGCAUGCAAGAAGAUAUCAGAGUCGCCUUAUCAUAUUGAAAGCAUCACAAACUUAUAUGGGAAUGUGUACUCUGUAAAAUGGAUCGGAGAUCUCCAUAGAAAUUUAAGUGUACAUAGAAUUUACUACCAUAGAAGUAACGAUGCGCCAAAAACAUACACUCACGUACCUGAUAAAAAUGUUAGCCAUGAGAAAUACGGCAUUAAGCUGCCUUUAUCUGAUCUAAGUCCUGGAGUAUUGUAUAAUUUCACUGUUGAAUUUACCGAUUAUUACAAUGAAUGCAUAUAUCUCUCUUCUAUUAGUCUUAUUAUACCGAAAAGUAAGCUCACCACUUUCCUGAUUAUUUUGGGAGGGCUAUCUACCACGCUAAUGAUCCUCUUAUUGUUUAUACACAGUUCUAAGGAUUUAAAAAGUGGACGACUGAAGACCACGAUAAAAAAGUUUAUGUUAUGUGAGGACAUGCAACAAGAUAAUAUAGAGCCUCCAACGGUUCCUUCCAGAACUUUCAAGGUUGAAAACAAUGUGCAGUACACUCCCUUGGAAUUUAUUUUGAAGGUAAACGAAUUCGACAAAUAUGAAAUACCGAGGAAUAAGAUCCUUUUGAGAGAGGAAAUAGGCAGCGGUGCUUUUGGAAAAGUUUUUAGAGCGGAGGUAUAUGAACUCAAUCAAAACCCUGAAUUCGUAGUAGCUGCCGUGAAACAGCUGAGAGAGGGAGCUCCAAAGGAGGAUAUAAGAGAUUUUUGCAAUGAAAUUGGUACUCUAAAGAAAAUUGGUUGUCACGAAAACGUUGUGAAGCUUAUGGGUUGUGUCACAAUCGACGAACCUCACAUGAUGAUUAUGGAGUACGUUACAGGAGGUUCACUUAAAGAGUACCUGCAGGAAUUAAGGAAGAUCUGGCAAGAAAAUAAAAAUAAUGCAAAUGUGUUCUUUCCCGAUUCUCCUACUGAGAAGAUGAAUUACAUCUCUUGCACGUUUGAUACUUCUGACGCAUGUUCUUACGUAGAGCCGAAUCCUGCCUUUCCCGAAAGACACUCGCCCCCAAAAUCCCCACUGAAGCACGAUGAAGUUUCAGAUAGAACCUUCAAGAGAAGACAAGUCACUAUUUCUGAAUGCGCACAAAAUAAUCACCUUGCACCUAGGACGCCCAGCUCAUUUACUUCUAGUAGAUUACCCUCCACGACAGAAACUGAUACCACUUCGUUAGGUACUGACGAUGAGGCUUGCUACAUCAAACCAGUAUUAUCUAGCGAGGAGUUACAGAUAUUUGCUUUCCAAAUAGCAAAAGGUAUGGCACACUUGGAAAAAGUCGGAGUUACACAUAGAGACCUAGCAGCAAGAAACGUGCUAAUAACUCCGCAAAAAGUUCUCAAGAUAUCCGAUUUUGGUAUGUCGAGGAUUGGAACAUAUGUGACCAGUGGUAGAAAAUGUCCGUUGAGGUGGAUGUCCAUUGAAGCUAUAGAAGAAAGAAUAUGCGAUAACAAGAGUGACGUAUGGUCCUUCGGUGUGGUUUUAUGGGAAAUUGGGACUUUAGGUUUUAGAAGCAAUAAACCACUGCGCGUUGUUCAAUGUACUCUAAAGGCAAAGCGAACAGAAGCGGAAUCCGACUGCAGAAAUCAAAGGAUAGCCCACAUAUUAAGGCGAUAUGGAGCGUAGGAUGAGACGUUUGACGCGCAAUCAAGGUGCAUUUCCGUAUGAGAAAACUCCCGAUACAAUGAUUCUGCACAACUUGAAACAAGGAAUUCGACUGGAAAGACCCGAAAUUUGUACCGAUGAGGUUUAUUCGUUGAUGAUGAAGUGCUGGGACAAAAAUCCAGCAGAAAGGCCGACUUUUAGAAACUUAGUAGAUUCCUUAGACAUUUCGAAGAAAAAAAUAUAUUUAGAUUUUGAUCAAAUUCAUCCAAAGUACACUUUUCCCAGUAUAAAAUAAAUAUAAACUCUAAGCAGAACUCCACUUUAAAUAUUCUGUUAGUUCUGUUGGCUCCUUCUGAACAAAAAAGGUUUUAUCAGCGAUUUAAUAUUUGAAGAAGUGCAAGAUUUGCCAUUUUCGAAAAACUAAUGAAAACAUCAAUCUUGCUAAGCAUUCUUCAAACAUCCAUUAACGAAAUUCCAAGUUACUUCAGGGGGCAUUGUUAUUGUAUAUCUUUGUUUUUACUUCUACUAGCGGGGAAGUAUUGUUAUCGAGAAAAUUUUCGAAAAUGAGAUAUUGUUUUUUGGAUGUUAUAUGACAUCUACAUCGCGAAAAAGCAUGUCACUCAUUUCCGUCGGUCUGUCCGCUAAUCUGAUUACCGCCUAUGACUUGAGCAGAAUUGCUCGGAUUUCGAUGAAAUGUUACUAUUAUGCUAAGGACGCAAACGCUUUGUAGUUUUUGAAAAUCGGUAGUAGCGGCAGAGAAAAAGGCCUAAAACCAGAAAAGCAAAAAUCGCUGAAACUUCGUUUUUUCACGUUUCAGAGGAUCCUGAUAAUUUUUUAAAAAGCUUUGGGGUGGAGGUUAUAAAGGGGUGGGGUGGGAUCUCAAUUUGUUGAUACUGGUACAUUUAUACGCUCCCAAUAUUGGUAAUUCUUCGGCACCUAUGAAAUAUAUGUGCUGAACAUAUUCCUUUAUGUACUUAUAAGAGCAUUGCGUGGGAGGUGUAGAGUCAACCUACUUGACGCCAAAUGUUUGUCAGUCAAGCGUAAGAUAUACAAGUGCUUUGGAGUUUUAUUAAUGGAUGUUUGAAGAAUAUUAAAGAUCUUCGGCAUCAUUAAAAUUUUCGUUUCCUCAUAUUCCUUUUCCGAGUCGAAAAUGAGACAUUUUGCACUUUUUGAAGCGCUUAUAUCUCGAACACUAUCAACUUCAAAGGAAAUAUCAUGAGAACAUUUUUCGUAAAGAAUGACAUAAAAGACCCCCAAAAAUUGCGUCCGAAUCGAAAAAAAGACAAUUUUUGUAAUUUGUUUAACAAAUAUUUAUACUAUAUUUGACGUAGUUUUGAACAUAGUGAACGCAGAUUCGUUAAAGGUUUUUUUUGUACAAGAUUAUACAAAAAACUAAUCAGAAUAUUUUUUUGAGUGGAUUCUAAGCUACUUCCUCGACUACAGGCAAAUGAAUGCGGGCAAGAAAUUAAGUUGGCCAACAUUUCGCAUGAAAUAUAGUUCUGUGGCCGUAGGAAUAUGUCCAUUGAAAAUAUUACUGAUACACGCCUUGAUUUUGCAUAAUUUUUAAUUUUAUUUAAUACUGAGGUAUUCUAAAAUCAGUCUAAGGAUGCUAGAAAGAGCUCUCAAGCUGUCACGUGUGACCACACUGUAGGAUAAACGGCAACCAAAUCGUUGAUGCCGAUUGAAGUGGUGUCAGUAGGUGGUAUUAAAGCCUCAUAAACUUAGGAGGACCUGACGACAACAGUUUCUCAGAUGAUA